ACCCGAUGUCUCUAUGGUGAAAGGAAGCCCAAAGUUUAAUUUGAACUCGGUGCUGAUUGGUUCAGGGGCUGUGCCCUGUCAGCGGCGCUGGAGUUUAACCAAAGCUGUACGGAGCGUUUUCAGUUAUCGACCUUGUCAGCGUUGUUCUUUUUCAUCGAGAGGUACUUUUAACCUUUCGCUGUAUAAUUGGGCCACAAUGAAGGCCUCCUGCGAGUCAAACAUCGAGGACGAUUUGGAGAUGUAUCUGAAAGGUUUAAGAGAAAGGGCUAAUGAAAGCAUCCAGAAAUUGAAGUGUACUCUAGAAGAAAAAAAUCAGACAGAAUCGUCAGAACCAUCUCCAGAAGCUGACACCAUCCAGAAUAAUUCAAUAAGUCCCCCAAGGACAAGACAAUGUCACAGUCAAGUGGCAUGGCAAGAGCUAAAGCAUAGUCAUGCAGUUAAUGAGCUCCGAGCCCUCUUGCGACAUCAAGAAAUGGAAGGAAGACCAAGUUCAGCAGCGACGACCAGCACACAUCCCAUGAGAACAAGAAAUGAUUUGGAUUGUUCCCCAUCUAUUGAUGAUCUUGUACCUAUUAUCAAUGACCAGUCAGAAUAUAUCCAACAUUUGGAGGCAGAAGUCAAGCUUUUCAAGGAGGAACUCUUGAAUGUGAAAGAACAGGUGCAGAUUGUUGUGGUUGAGAAUGAAAAUCUUCACAAGCAACUAAGAUCAAGAAAUGUUCAGGCCACUAUGACUGAACCAUCUGUCUGUCCUUUAUUACCAAAUUCACAAGUAACUUGUUCGGUGGACCAAAAGGCCGUCGAAAGACUGAAAGUGCUGGAACCAGUCUCACUAGCCAAAGAUCAAAAUCAGUCAUCUUUUAUUCCAACACAACCAGACAGCAAAACUGUUACAGAAGAAAUAAAAAAGUUACAGCUAGAAGUGGAAAAUCUAAAUGUACUAUACCAAGGAAAGACUGAAACACUGGAGACUCGGGUUUCAUUACUAAGAAAAGAUCUGUCUGAAUCUCAAAAGGAAUGUCAACAGCUGGAAGAACGAUUAAAGGUUCAAGAAUCUUUGCUUGCAAUAGACGGUUCAGAACGUGUUGCCGGUCUGUGUGUGAAAUGUGCCCAGCAUGAGGCAGUUCUGGCCCGGACCCAUAGUGACGUAGAGAUGAAGGCGGUUGAAAGAUUAAGGAAAGAGCGAGAUGACUUGAUGAAUAUGGUGGCAACUAUGCGAAGCAAUAUAAAUGAAAUGCAGGCCAGGGAGGACUCUGUAUGUCGGCAAGUAAAACAAGCUACUGAAGUAGCAGAAGAAGCCAAUUUGGAAAAAAUACAGGCUCUGGUCCAUUGUGAGCAGCUGAAGAAUGAGAUGUUGCGUCAGAAAGAACGACUAGAAAGGGAGUUAGUUUCUCAGCAAGAAAAGAUUGCAAUUGCCAAGAAAGCUGUGCAUGAAGAAAUGAGGAAAGAACGAGAGGCAUUGGCAUCAAAGGUGACCUGUUUAUCAGAAAAUGUUGCUUGUCUUGAAGGUCAGUUGCAGAGGCUGGUGAGAGAAAGGGAUUCAGCAUGUAAUCAAUUGGAAGAAGCUCAGAACAAGCUAAUAAAUCAUGAGAUGGAGAUCAAUAAGGAAUCUGGUGAACUGCGCUACCAGCUGAAUGAAGUGAAAAUCAAGAAAGAAGAGGCUGAAAAGGAGUUCAAGGAAUACAAAACAAAAAUGUUACGAGAAUUUGAACUCCGAGGACAGGAGCUACAGAAACUUGAUUUGAAACUAAAUGAAACUAAGUGUCAUUUGGAGCAUGUCCAGCAGGAUGCAGCAAGAUCGAAGGAUGAAUGUCUAAAACUGAUGGAACUACUGAGCAAAUCUGAGCACCAACUGCACCUCACCAGGAUGGAAAAGGACAGUUUACUCCGCAGUCACAGUGAUGAUGUCAAGGCCCUGGUCUUUCAAUCCCAACAACGUGAGCAAGAGCUAACAGAAAAGAUACAGCAAAUGGAGGCCCAGCAUGAUAAAACUGUUAAUGAACUGGAGAUAUUACUUAGUUCCCAGAAUACACUCAUAAACAAAUUGAAAGCAGAGUGUCAGAUAUUAAACCAAAAACUGGAGAAGAUUACAGAAAAAAACAGAUCAGAGGUUGGCCAGCUUUGCCAGGACAAAGAGUAUUUACAGGAAAGAUUGGAGAAACUGCAAGCAAGAAAUGAUGAAAUGGAAAACCAAUGCAUCCAACAUGGAACAAUGCAUGAAAGAAUGAAACAAAGACUGCAACAGUUGGAUCAGCACAGUCAGGCCAGUGCACAGCAGGUGAUGGAACUACUGCAAAGGCAGAAUGAGCUGUUAAAGGAGAGACAAGUCCUGUUGGAAAAGGUGCAGUGCCUGAAAUCAUCAGGAAAUGUCACAGGCAAACCUCCUGUUACAUCUAAGACCAGAGGACCAACAAAUGAUCAACUGGAUGUCAGUCUGCAAAAUUUUUCAAAAUUACAUUUUAACUGAUUAGUUUUGUACGUAUUUUUGAUAUUACAUGAAUAAAUACAGGUAUACUGUGAAUUAUUAUUACUGGUCAAAACUGAUCAUUUUGUACAGGUGUACCACCACCAUGGUA